UCUGCUGCUUUCGACACUGUGAACCAUCAGAUCCUCCUGUCAUCUCUCUCCAGCCUGGGCAUCACCGGAACGGUUCUGUGUUGGGUGGAAUCCUAUCUCUCAGACAGAUCCUUCAAGGUAUCAUCACGCAUCUCUGCUUGCCUGUCAGGCAUCUCAGUCUGGAUGAGGGAAAACCACCUUAAGCUCAACCUGGCAAAAUCUGAGCGUCUUGUCAUCCCAGCCUGUCCCUCAAUCAACCACAACCUCACUGUACCGCUCGACUCAACCACACUCAAGCCAACCAGGAUGGCCAGGAACCUUGGGGUGAUUCAUGAUGACAGCUUGACCUUUACAGACCACAUCUCAACAACUGCACGGUCCUGUAGGUUCAUCCUGUACAACAUCAAGAAAAUCAGACUCUAUCUCACCGAACAGGUUACACAGAUACUAGUCCAGGCUCUUGUUAUCUCAAAACUGGACUACUGCAACUCACUACUCUCGGGCCUCCCAGCCAGCUCCAUCAAACCCCUUCAAAUGAUUCAGAAUGCAGCAGCACUCCUCGUCUUCAACCAGCCCAAGAGAACCCAUGUCACACCCCUCUUCAUCUCCCUCCACUGGCUUCCUGUAGCCGCCCACAUCAAAUUUAAGGCCUUCAUGCUCACCUUCAAGACCUUGUCUGGAACAGUACCCUCCUACCUCAACUCUCUCCUGAAGGCUUACAUUCCCUCAUGCAAUCUGCGAACAAUUUGCAACCGACGCUUAGUAGUACCUACUCAGCGUGGCUCAAUGUCCCUUUCAAGAACAUUCAAACUAAAUGUUCCUCAGUGGAGGAAUGAACUUCCAACCUCAAUCUGGACCACAGAAUCUGUCACCAUCUUCAAAAAACAGCUAAAGACCCACCUCUUCCGUGAACACCUAACCAACCCAUUAAAAAAAAAGUAAAAAAAUAUUGCACUUACACCUCCACUCUACGCACUUUGCUACUUCUGGAACUCAAUUAAUGGAUCUUGUAUGGUAGCACUACUUCUAUUGUUCUCUGCUCGAUAUUGCUUUGCUUGUAUUUUCUCAUUUGUAAGUCACUUUGGAUAAAAGCAUCUGCUAAAUGAAUAAAUGUAAAUGUAAAUGUAAAGGCGGGGUACACCCUGGAAAGGGU